CUGCAAGACUUGAUAGGGAGGUGAACAGCACUAGUAGCACUCAAAGCAGUAACUUAAAAUUUCAUUGUGGGUGGAAGCAUUACUCAUUUGCUUCCAACGUGUAUAAGCAAGUAAAAUCCAAUUCAAAAAAACUCAAACUAACUGAUUGUGGGAGCCAAAUUAUAUUUGUUAAAUAUAAUGCAACAUAUGAGGAGGUAAUAGAGAAGCUUACAGAUAAAUAUUACCCCUGUGGCAGAAGCAAGAAAGGGUCUUUACAUAAAAUGACACUGAGCUUGGGAUCUUUCACUGAAACAAUAAACAGAGAAAACUUUUCAGCGUUACAAUUCUACAACGAACGUAAAACUUCAGAAGCAAGGAUUUACCUGUUGUCUAAGGAAAAGAUACAUGACAUGCUUGCCAUAACCGAUUCCGAUUCUGAUGAAUUGGAAAGUUUAGGAUUUCCCGGAAACAUGUCCCCACCAGAGCCUGAAAUAAUACUAGGAGUUGGAAAGCCUAUGACAUCUCCAGCCAUGAAUGUUCCUUUUAGAUCAUCAACACUAGGAACACCGAACAUUGCAACUCCUCAGGCAAUUGUUUCUAGUAGAACACCUACACUAGGAACACCCACACUAGGAACACCCACACUAGGAACAUCAAUAGGAGCUUUUGGUGGAACACCAAUAGGUGCUACUGAUACAAACAAACCUAUUGUAUUUCAUGCUGAUACACCUACAGUUACAUUCUCAUAUGACAGACGCUGUCAGAUCUGUGUGGACCGGGAAAGGGAUGCCUACCUGUCACCUUGUGGUCACACAUUUUGUCUUGUCUGUGCAUUGCAAGUUGAAAAUAUGGGGCAAAACUGUCCAUCCUGUAGGGGGGAAAUUGACAAAGUGUGUUCCAUGUUUCUAUAAGUUGUUAUUCAUGUUGAUAGAUUGUACUUUUUUGUAAUAGGAGUG